GUUGUUUAUUUAUUUAUUUAUUUGUUUGUUAUUGUUCUUGUGGACUAUUUGGUGCCAACUUGUGGCAGCAGAAUUGACCUCGCACUUCUCUUCUACUUCGCUUGCUUCCAACCCGAAGCUGCUUCGAGUUGCACUGGAUCUCACUACGCCGCUUGGCUAUGGAGGACGGUAAGCUGGAUGCGAGGAUUGAGGCUCUGCUGAAUGAAGAGAAACAAGUGCGUCUUGCUGCGGAUGUCGCUGGCACCAAGAAGGUGGUGACUGAAAUCAUUCGAUUGUGCUAUGAAGGCAAGGCAUGGAAGACCCUUAAUGAGCAAAUUCUGCUUCUGUCGAAGCGACGGUCACAACUUAAGCAAGCUGUGACUGCGAUGGUGCAGCAAGCUAUGCAGUAUAUUGAUGAAACUCCAGACGUAGAAACUCGAAUUGAGUUGAUUCAGACUCUCAACACUGUAUCUGCAGGGAAGAUAUAUGUGGAGAUAGAAAGAGCACGUUUAAUCAAGAAGCUAGCGAAGAUCCGUGAAGAACAAGGGCAAAUUGCUGAAGCCGCAGAAUGCAUGCAAGAAGUUGCAGUGGAGACCUUCGGUGCUAUGGCAAAGACAGAGAAAAUUGCUUUCAUUCUAGAGCAGGUUCGGCUUUGCCUCGAUCGCAAGGAUUUUAUUAGGGCUCAGAUCUUGUCGAGAAAAAUUAAUCCUAGAAGUUUUACCGAAACUCCUAAGCAAAAGAAGAAAGCAAAAGAGGGUGACUCUAUGGUAGAGGAACCGGCUCCCGACGUGCCAACACUAUCUGAAUUGAGGCGGAUUUACUAUGAGCUUAUGAUUAGGUACAACGCACACAACCAUGAAUACUUGGAAAUGUGUCGGAGCUAUCAGUGUAUAUACGAGGCCCUGGUCAAGGAUGAAACAUCAUCUUCUGAUACUGCCAUGGCAGUGGAAGGGCAGCCAGAGUGGGUUCCUAUUUUAAGGAAGAUAUGUUGGUACUUAGUUUUGGCGCCUCACGAUCCCAUGCAAUCCAGUUUGAUGAACAGUACGCUUGAAGAUAAGAAGUUGUCCGAGAUUCCUAAGUUUCAAGCGUUGCUUAAACAGUUUGUGACAAUGGAAGUAAUAAGAUGGGACCCCUUUUGGGAAGAUUACAAGAUUGAGUUUGAGGAGGAGGCUAAUCUUCCUGGUGGGGCCCUCGGAGAUCGAGCAGCUGAAGAUCUUCGCCUGCGAGUUAUUGAGCAUAACAUCCUGGUGGUUUCAAAGUACUACUCAAGAAUCACAUUGAAGAGGCUCUCAGAAUUGUUGUGCCUCACUGGCCAGGAAGCCGAGAAGCACCUCUCAGAAAUGGUGGUAUCAAAGGCGUUGGUUGCGAAGGUUGAUAGACCUGCAGGCGUGGUGUGUUUCAUCAGCAAGAUGGACAGCAAUGAUGUUCUCAACUCUUGGGCGGUUAGCAUUGAGAAGUUGUUGGACCUGGUUGAGAAAAGCUGUCACCAAAUCCACAAGGAAACUAUGGUUCAUAAAGUCACACUGAAAGUGCAGUAAUUGCGGCGUAGCCUAUUAACCUAUUCACUUUCGGAACCUGUGUACUUUGCUGAAACCCAUAUCUCCAUGGUGUCAUCAGGUGAAGUACGUGGAGGAUCUGAGUUGCAAUCUUUAACCUGGUCUUGGACAAAAGUUUUAUCUGAGAUUUCUUGGUUGUUCAUUCAUUCGUUUUCCAUGCUGCACAUACAGUGAUUAGUCCAUCGCUGCAAUUUCUCGGCUUGCAUGAGCAUAGUUUUCCAUUGACAAAUUACGCAUUUCGUUGAAAUUCAAAUCCAUUGUUCUCUGAGUGCUCCAUCUCUGAAGAGAAUUUAAGUUCUGGUAGAGUAGUCAUGGAACUGUUAUAACACGUAUUCCCCAUGAAAUCAACUCAUGCUACUCUUGAGGCA